UCAAUCCUUCACCACCUCUAAAGAGAGAGGCACACACCAUCUCUCUCUCUAAACGAACUUCUCUCUCAUCUCUAUCAUGGCCGUCGGAACCAUCACCAAAGAGCACAUCUACCGCUCGAAGCUCCCCGACAUCGAAAUUCCGAACCACCUCCCCCUCCACACCUACUGCUUCCAGCACCUCGACACCUUCCGCUCCCGCCCCUGCCUCAUCGAUGGCUCCACGGGCCGCCAAUACUCGUACGAUGAAGUCCACUCAAUCUCCCGACGCGUCGCCUCCGGCCUCGUAAAGCUCGGCAUCCAGCAGCACGAUAUCAUAAUGCUCCUCCUCCCAAACUCCCCCGAAUUCGUCUUCGCCUUCCUUGGUGCCUCCUUCUGCGGUGCGACUGCCACUACCGCCAACCCAUUCUACACCCCCGCCGAGGUCCAGAAGCAGGCACGCGCGUGCAGGGCCCGCCUCGUGGUGACCCUGGCGCGCUAUGUCGAGAGACUCAGCGGGCUCGAGGGUGUCAAAAUCGUGUGCGUCGACGAGCCCCCGGAAGGUUGCCUCCACAUGUCUGAGCUCACCGAAUCGACCGAACCAUUCACAGAGCCGUCAAUUGAACCCGACGAUGUGGUCGCCCUGCCCUACUCCUCGGGCACGACCGGGCUCCCAAAGGGUGUCAUGCUCACUCACAAAAGCCUCAUUACGAGCGUAGCUCAGCAAGUCGAUGGCGAAAACCCUAAUCUCUAUUUUCACAGUGAGGACGUGAUUCUCUGUGUGUUGCCCCUGUUUCAUAUCUAUUCACUGAACUCUGUGCUGCUGUGUGGGCUGAGAGUGGGAGCUUCCAUUUUACUCAUGCAAAAAUUUGAGAAUGUUGGGCUUAUGGAGCUGGUGGAGAGAUACAAGGUGACCAUUAUGCCGAUCGUGCCACCGAUCGUGUUGGCGAUAACGAAGAGCAAGGAAGUGGGAAGGUACGAUAUGUCGUCGAUAAGGACGGUCAUGUCCGGGGCGGCACCCAUGGGGAAGGAGCUCGAGGACGCCCUCCGGGCGAUGCUGCCCGACGCCAAGCUCGGACAGGGCUAUGGCAUGACAGAGGCUGGACCUGUUUUAUCCAUGUGUUUGGCAUUUGCAAAAGAGCCAUUUGAAAUAAAGUCAGGAUCAUGUGGAACGGUGGUCCGCAAUGCAGAGCUCAAGAUUGUAGACCCAGAGACUGGAGUUUCCCUUCCCCAUAACCAAGCUGGGGAGAUUUGCAUCAGGGGUGCACAGAUAAUGAAAGGGUAUUUGAACGAUUCGGAGGCCACUAAGGGGACCAUAGACAAAGAUGGUUGGUUACAUACCGGAGAUAUCGGUUAUGUCGAUGAUGAUGAGGAGAUCUUCAUUGUGGAUAGACUGAAAGAGCUCAUCAAAUUCAAAGGCUUUCAAGUUGCACCAGCCGAGCUCGAGGCGUUGCUUGUGUCGCAUCCAGCCAUUGCCGAUGCUGCCGUAGUCCCGAUGAAAGAUGAAGCAGCUGGAGAGGUCCCUGUGGCCUUUGUUGUUAGGCUUAAUGGAUCCCAAAUCACUGAAGAUGAGAUCAAACAGUACAUUGCCAAACAGGUGAUUUUCUACAAGAGAAUUGCAAAGGUCUUCUUUGAGAACUCAAUUCCCAAAGCCUCCUCAGGCAAGAUCCUGCGCAAAGAACUCAGAGCAAGACUGGCAGCUGGGAGUCCACAAUAGAUACACCACCACCAAUGGAGAGCCAUGGCCCGAGCUCCUCCCCCUUUGUGCAUUACAGAUCAUGGAAUUUGAUAAUGUGUGGGAAUUUUAAUGUAUAGAGAGAUAUGAGAAGAAGCAUUUCCUCUUUGAAACUAUGACCUAUAUAACAUUCGUUCCUUUAUUAUUAUUGACCCGGUGUUGAGUUUCAAGGGUCACCCAAAUUUUUAUUUGCAAAGUCCGUAUUCAUAUAUAUGUAUGAAGUAUGAAGUAUGAAGGACUAUUUGUGAAUUGUGAAAUAUUUGUCAAGUUAUUUGAUGUUGGGGUUCCUCAA